UCACCAUGAUGUUAGCUUAGCUUAACUAGUACUCCUAGACUUCUAGUACUCGUUAUUAAUUAGCCAACUAUGUUAACCUCCUUUUUCACAAAAAAAAAAUGGUUCAAAAAGCACACACCAAACACCCUACAACACCCAUACAAUAAUUUCCCACCAUAACACCAAAUCCACCAACACAAAAAUCAAAACAAAAAGAAAAGAGUGCGAAAUCAAAUUGACCCACAUAAAUAGAUAAUCUAUCUCUUUCGAAAAUCUGUCUUCCAAAUCACAAUUUUACAGGAACAACAGCUCACACUGUCUAAAAUUUUCAGACUUCCCAGAAAAAAAAAAAAAAAAAAAAAACCCAACAAAUUUGAUCUUUUCUCAUAUUCUCAACAACGGGGAACUCUGUUUCAUCCCGGAUUUGCUUCCGGAAAAAACCCAAAAUGUCUGCUUCUUCUCCAAAACCUGCUUCACUUUCUCUUCAUUCUUCUUCUUCACCAUCUCCUCUUCCUCCUCAAUCUGUCGAUUUUUCAGAACAUUCCCCUGUUUUUUCUCUAUCUUCUGACCAGUUUCAUAACUGUUCUCGUGCUCUUGACCUCUUCAAACAAAAAUUGGACAAUACCCAACUCAUUCAACGCGAGUUCGAUUCUCUUCAGGACAAAAGAAUCAGAUCAUCUGACAUGACAAAACUAUGUAGGGUGGCCCUUGACCCUGUAAAUUUGAGCAAAAACCGCUAUACUGAUGUUAUACCAUUUGACAGCAGCAGAGUCGUUUUGACCUCAUGUAAGGACUAUAGACCAUCAGCCAAGGGUUACAUUAAUGCAAGCUUUAUAAAAACACCAGCAGAAGGUGCUGCUCAGUUUAUAGCCACACAAGGUCCAUUGUCACAUACAUUUGAAGAUUUCUGGGAAAUGGUGUUGCAGAAUCGCUGCCCUGCGAUUGUGAUGCUAACACGGCUGGUUGACAAUUACAAGACGUUAAAGUGUGGUGAUUAUUUUCAAGCAGAGGAUGGACCUCGGGAAUUUGGUAACAUAUCAAUUGUCACAAAAUGGAUCAAGACAACUGGGAGCUCUUUAAUUUUGCGACAUUUGGAAGUGACCAAGGCAGAGUCGGAAGAGGCACCAUUGUCUGUUUUUCAUAUUCAGUAUCCUGAAUGGCCUGAUCAUGGUGUUCCCAAGGACUCAGUAGCUGUUAGAGAGAUUUUUAAAAGAACGUAUCAGCUGCCACCUGGUUUAGGGCCUUUAGUGGUACAUUGCAGUGCUGGAAUUGGUCGCACAGGAACAUACUGCACCAUUCAUGACACACUCCAAAGGAUUCUUGCUGGAGAUAUGUCUGCCUUAGAUUUGGCCAAUACUGUUGAGAUUUUUAGAUCUCAGCGAGUUGGAAUGGUUCAAACACUGGAUCAAUACUACUUCUGCUACAAGGUGGUGGUUGAUGAAUUGGAGGAGCUGAUAUUAGGGUACAAUCCUGAAAAAAGUGCUUGAUGCUCAGAAUAAUGCUAUUGCAGACUCUGCAGGAUCGAUCCUGUCCUUUUUAUUUGGUUGCUUCAUUGCUGCAGCAAGACUGGCGCAGGAGCAAUAGAGCAGCAGUGACUUCUCAAUGUAAUUAUUCAAACAUGGAUAUUUACAGAAGGAAGAAUGAAGAUUGCUUGAUGUGCAACGUAACACUGAUCAAACUGUAUUCAGAGUUUCUGUUUUUUUAAUCCCUGGUAGCACCAACCUUGGAAAUUCGGAUUCUUCUGUACAUUUAAUUCCUGUUAUUGUACUUGUAUCCAUACUAAUUAAGUAUAUAGCUAUUAUUGUACUUGUAUUGGUACAUUUAACCUGGGAAAGACAUUUUUUAAGUUAAAUUGCCAAAAAAAAAAGACAUUUUUUAAGUUUAUUGUUGAGAGUUUGUGACGAUGCUUGUUUUUCUCGAAUUUUUAUAAUCCCCCAACCCAAACGAAUAUUAUUGGAAGUGUAUA